AUGUCUUCCCCAUCUCCUCCACCGGUACCGGAAUCCACAACACGGCCACCAAUUCCUCCGCUACCGAUCCACCACAGUAAGUUUCACCUAACGACCAGAUUAACAAUCGCAAGCGGGUUGAUGUUGGUGGCGGUGAUUUGUGCUCUAAUGAUUUUGUUCAUGUUCAUAUUUCAUUAUUGUUACCAUCAACGACUCCUUGUAGUCCACGGCGACAUAGAGUCAAGCCAAGUAUCGGGAACUGCAGCGGAGGAGACGUCGGAGGAAAUUCCGGCAUCCGUGAAGAUGGGUUUUAGAGAAAUAAAAACAGGGGAAAUUGGGGAUUGCGAUGGGAGGAAGUGUGCGAUAUGUAUUGAGGGAUUUGGGGAAGAGGAGAUUUGUGGAGUAAUUGAGAAUUGUGGCCAUUUUUUUCAUAGGGAUUGUAUUAAUCGGUGGCUUAGAAUUGAGAGGCGUUGCCCUCUUUGCCGCUGCUUUGUUGGUUGUUCAUAG